AUGCUCUUUGGAAUCCUUUUGUUGAUUUGUGGCAUAGCAGAGAACGCCCAUCCAGAUGGAAGGGACCUACACAUUCCACAAAAGUACUCUAUGAAGGGCCACUUUGACGUUGUCUUUGGGUCCGUCAGCCAACCGCUUGAAGUGAAGAUGGACACGGCCGCCCAUCGUCAAGUUAUUUCUUUCUUCGAUGGGCUGCAUAGCACCCUGGUCCGCGACACAUUUUAUGCCUACGUUUAUACGCGCAAGACAGGCCACAGUUGUAUGAGCUACAAUGCGCCUGCCUUUCUCAGACCAGCACUAACAGACAUGCUGCCAGCACUAGCCGAUUUUAGCUUCGUUGAAGAGGUCGUUGAGAAUGGAAUGACCCUGUAUCACUACGCCUAUGAGCAGGUUUUGCGGCCUUCUGAGGACUACAAUGGCACAUUUACGUAUAGUCGCACCGAUCAUCAGGACUUUUACUGUCUUCCGCUGAACUUUGUGGAUGGAAAGCUUUACUGUCAGCCUAGACGUUGGGAGAUGCAUGGAUACAAUCAAUGGACAGGCUCACACUUCGACUUCUACGUUCUCAGUUAUGAUGCAUUCGACAUCGAUCCACUCUUCACUGAUGCAGACUUUUCUACUCCCGAGUCCUGCAGUGGGAGGAAUUCUGCCACGGACUUCCAUCCUCGCAGCUUUAUUGAGGACAUAUUUACCAACUUCCGAGAGCCGCAUGGUAGCGACGAUCAGCAUGACAAUAUUCGUCUGAAUCCGUCGCAUACCUUUACUGUAUCGCGCACACGGAUGUCAGAAACAGAUUUUGAGCUGUUUCUGCGCACCAGGACAGGCCUUGUCCGUAAAACAGUGGAGCAGGAAAGGAUUGCCAGGGAGACUCAGUACUUCUACGAGGAUAUUCCCGAGCACAGUGACACGUGGUACUAUUCUGAAGAGAACCAGAAGCGAGUUCAAUUCCCUCGCCAGCUCGAUUGGCGCGUGCGAGGGGUCAUUACACCUGUCAAGGACCAGGCUGCGUGUGGGUCUUGCUGGUCGUUCGGUGCUGCAGGAACCAUAGAGGGGCGCCUCAACGCGCUUAAGUGGAAGCGUGGAGAGCGUGAUACCCCGCUUCUGCGUGUGUCUGAGCAGUCCAUCAUCUCCUGUGUCUGGAACGAGGACAACAACGGCUGCAAUGGAGGGCUUACUUACGAAGCGCUUACCGCGUACAUCAACGAGUUUUCUGGGCGGAUUGCGUACGAGAUGGACUCUCCGUAUCUCGGCGUAGAGUCUCUUUGUAACGAAAGCAUCUUCACGUCAGACCAUGGGCGCAUACGCGGGGUAGCCCAUGUCAAGGAGUACGACAUCGGAGCUAUGAAGUAUGCGCUUCUAAGCGGGCCUGUCUCCAUCGCUGUGGCCGUCACGGAGACCUUCUCCUGGUAUAGCGGGGGUGUCUUUAACGACCCUGCCUGUGCAAGUGGCGUCGACGAUUUGGCCCACGCUGUUCUACUCGUCGGCUGGGGGACCGAUGAGGUUGCAGGGGAUUACUGGAUUGUCCGCAAUAGCUGGUCUAACGCAUGGGGCAUUGACGGCUAUAUGUACCUUAGCAUGAAGAAUAAUAUUUGUGGCGUCCUCACAUGUGCAGACUACGUGAUGGUUGAGUAA